AUAAUAAAUUUAUACAUCUUUAUAUAUCCUAUUGAUUUGUUUCUCUGAAUCAAUCUGCAAAUAUCCUAAGACACCAUCAUUCUGCAAAUAUCCUUGAGGCCUGCCAAUUGUGGCUUCAGGGUUUAAGAAGACAUGGUCCCCUCUGGAAUUACAGGCAAUUAAAGUAGAUUACAAAACAUUGACAAAGGCUUGGAUCAUGCUGCUGGACCUUUGCUUGCGCUGUUCUCUCUGCUUGAUCUAUUCACCCUCCACUGUCACCUCUGUGAAGCUAACCCCAGGCCUAAUCAAAUGUUCCUUUUAUACUGUUCUGGGGACGUUUUCUGUAUGUCAUUUAACCACGCAGUAUCACACCUAGUUGGUUGGUUCUGCAUUUUCCUUCCCCACUAGACCGCAAACUCUCAGCUGUUGCUGGUACUACUGUGCUUAUCUACAGGGCCUCAAAAGAAGCCGGAGUCCCUGGCUGAGCGCUCAAUACACAGGGUGCGAACCAAUCAGUGCAAGAAUGAACGUGCCACCGGGUCUUGCAGGCUUGCAAAGUGCUUCUCCAAGCUGAUUUUGCUUUUCGUGCCCAGGCAGCUCCCGUGAAUUGCACGGUAGAGGUCAAUAGCUUCUGGGGGUCCGUGGGGAGCCAAUGGAAGGAGGAUGAGAAAUGCAGUCCCACCGCACUCGGGCUGCCCACGUCCGGCGAGAGGCGAGGGAUCAGACAACUUCUGCACCUCCCGGAAGCGGCUGUGCCCGCCCCGCCCCUCGGGAGGUGGGCGUGGCCGCAUGAAUAAUGAAUCGCGCCGGGGAGGGGCCGGGCCCGCCCCUCCGGGCGGGAAGAGGGAAGCGCCGAAGCCGCCUGACUGGAAUGAGGGUAGCUGUGGCGACUGCGGCGGCUGGAGCGGGGCCGGCCAUGGCGGUGUGGACGCGGGCCACCAAAGCUGGGCUGGUGGAGCUACUCCUGAGGGAGCGCUGGGUCCGAGUGGUGGCGGAGCUGAGCGGGGAGAGCCUGAGCCUGACUGGCGACGGCGCCGCGGCCGAGCUGGAACCCGCUCUGGGACCCGCGGCGGCCGCUUUCAACGGCCUCCCGAACGGCGGCGGCGCCGGCGACUCGCUGCCCGGGAGCCCGAGCCGCGGCCUGGGGCCCCCGAGCCCACCGGCGCCGCCUCGGGGCCCCGCGGGUGAGGCGGGCGCGUCGCCGCCCGUGCGCCGUGUGCGGGUGGUGAAGCAAGAGGCGGGCGGCCUGGGCAUCAGCAUCAAGGGCGGCCGCGAGAACCGGAUGCCGAUCCUCAUCUCCAAGAUCUUCCCGGGUCUGGCCGCCGACCAGAGCCGGGCGCUGCGGCUGGGCGACGCCAUCCUGUCGGUGAACGGCACCGACCUGCGCCAGGCCACCCACGACCAGGCCGUGCAGGCGCUGAAGCGCGCGGGCAAGGAGGUGCUGCUGGAGGUCAAGUUCAUCCGAGAAGUAACACCAUACAUCAAGAAGCCAUCAUUAGUAUCAGAUCUGCCAUGGGAAGGUGCAGCUCCCCAGUCACCAAGCUUUAGUGGCAGUGAGGACUCUGGUUCACCAAAACACCAGAACAGUACCAAGGACAGAAAGAUCAUCCCUCUCAAAAUGUGCUUUGCUGCUAGAAACUUAAGCAUGCCGGAUCUGGAAAACAGAUUGAUAGAGCUACAUUCUCCUGAUAGCAGGAACACGUUGAUCCUACGCUGCAAAGAUACGGCCACAGCACACUCCUGGUUCGUAGCUAUCCACACCAACAUAAUGGCUCUCCUCCCACAGGUAUUGGCUGAACUCAACGCCAUGCUUGGGGCAACCAGUGCAGCAGGAGGCAGUAAAGAGGUCAAGCAUAUUGCCUGGCUGGCAGAACAGGCAAAACUAGAUGGUGGAAGACAGCAAUGGAGACCUGUCCUCAUGGCUGUGACUGAGAAGGAUUUGCUGCUCUAUGACUGUAUGCCAUGGACAAGAGAUGCCUGGGCAUCACCAUGUCACAGCUACCCACUUGUUGCCACAAGGUUGGUUCAUUCUGGCUCUGGAUGUCGAUCCCCCUCCCUUGGAUCUGACCUUACGUUUGCUACCAGGACAGGCUCUCGACAGGGCAUUGAGAUGCAUCUCUUCAGGGUGGAGACACAUCGGGAUCUGUCAUCCUGGACCAGGAUACUUGUUCAGGGUUGCCAUGCUGCUGCUGAGCUCAUCAAGGAAGUUUCUCUAGGCUGCAUGUUAAAUGGCCAAGAGGUGAGACUUACUAUUCACUAUGAAAAUGGGUUCACCAUCUCCAGGGAAAAUGGAGGCUCCAGCAGCAUACUGUACCGCUACCCCUUUGAAAAGCUGAAAAUGUCUGCUGAUGAUGGCAUCCGAAAUCUAUACUUGGAUUUUGGUGGUCCCGAGGGAGAACUGACCAUGGACCUGCACUCUUGUCCAAAACCGAUUGUAUUUGUGUUGCACACGUUCUUAUCGGCCAAAGUCACUCGUAUGGGACUGCUUGUAUGAGCAACAAAAAAUCAGAAAAGGACAUUGACUGUCACAAGAAAUAUUUCCACCUCGAAAAAAAAAAAAAGCACAAAAGAAAACUCUUUGCUCUCUCCUUCAGCACAGUGCCUUCGCAAGGACCUGCAAAUCACUGCUGAACCAUAACCGUGUUUAAAGAAGAGCCUACCUUUCACAAUCGACCUUGGCCAGAUAUUCUAGGACUCUAAAAAGCUCCAGAAUGAA